AAGUGAUGCCGCGCGCUGCCGAAGGGAAGCGCGCGCAGGUUACGAUGGAGGAGAGGUAGAGUGUGGUGUGCAGCUAGUGCGGCGUUACGCGUUUAUAAAUGUAAGCAAAUUAAGGGGCAGAUAUCUGGCUUUCGUCUCCAGUUUAUCAAACAACACAUCUCGGUCGGAUUGCAGAUAAGGUUGAAAUUCUUGUUUGAUCUCUGAAGAAGCCAGCUCACUUGAACGGCCAGACAUGCCGAACAUAAAGAUUUUCAGCGGAAGCUCUCACCAGGACCUAUCUCAAAAGAUCGCUGAUCGUUUGGGACUCGAGUUGGGAAAAGUCGUCACCAAAAAAUUUAGUAACCAAGAGACCUGCGUGGAGAUCGGCGAGAGCGUUCGUGGGGAGGAUGUCUACAUUGUCCAGAGCGGCUGUGGCGAGAUCAACGACAACCUGAUGGAGCUGCUGAUCAUGAUCAACGCCUGCAAGAUCGCCUCAGCCUCCCGUGUCACCGCCGUCAUCCCCUGCUUCCCCUACGCUCGGCAAGACAAGAAGGACAAGAGUCGUGCCCCCAUCUCUGCUAAACUGGUGGCCAACAUGCUGUCCGUCUCCGGCGCCGACCACAUUAUCACCAUGGAUCUGCACGCUUCUCAGAUACAGGGCUUUUUCGACAUCCCUGUGGACAAUCUGUACGCGGAACCCGCCGUGCUGAAGUGGAUCAAGGAGAACAUCCCCGAAUGGAAGAACUGCACCAUCGUAUCUCCAGACGCAGGAGGUGCUAAAAGGGUCACCUCUAUCGCCGACCGCCUGAACGUGGACUUCGCUCUUAUCCACAAAGAGAGGAAGAAAGCCAAUGAAGUGGAUCGCAUGGUUCUGGUCGGGGACGUCAAAGACCGAGUUGCGAUCCUGGUGGAUGAUAUGGCGGACACCUGCGGAACCAUCUGCCAUGCUGCCGAUAAACUUCUGUCAGCUGGUGCUACCAAGGUGUAUGCCAUACUGACCCAUGGCAUCUUCUCUGGCCCGGCCAUCUCGCGCAUCAACAAUGCCUGCUUCGAGGCUGUGGUGGUCACCAACACCAUACCACAGGAAGAGAAGAUGAAGCACUGUUCCAAGAUACAGGUGAUUGACAUCUCCAUGAUUCUGGCUGAGGCUAUUCGCAGGACUCACAAUGGCGAGUCUGUCUCCUAUCUCUUCAGCCACGUUCCCUUGUAACAGAAGCCCCAUACCUAUCUGCAAAAACAGGAAGAAGUCCUAGACCCAGGCUGCCCCUGCUCACCCUGCCACGCCUUGCAAAGCCGCCCCCCUCCCUUUACCUGUAAGGAGAGUCAUGUUUCAGAGGCUGGCUUGGCACCCCAACAUUCACCACGCCAUGGGUCCAGUGGUUCUGAGGAAUGACUGUCUAAUUUCUACUCGGCCAUCGUGAUUCCACCCGGGGCAUCUUCCUCCUCCCUCCAGCUUGCUCCAUGUUAGCCCCCCUCCCCCAUAUUUUGUUACAAUGGCUGUCGGUGUGUUCGACAGUUGGGCAUAUUAAACGCUGACUUAAGUAACCUAGUUCAGUCUUACUCUACUAGUCUAUCCAGAGUUUCCCACAGUAAACAGAACAUGAAUGUGUUAUAGGUGUCAGUGCUACCAAAGCCAGGUUGGAAAGCGGUUCCACAGUGCAUGUGUGGGGAUGGUAAAGAUGUAUAAUUUUGUAAGGAUGCCCCCCCCCCCUUCUCGUGCCUCUAGUCCUUAAUGGUAGUUUAUCUAGGCAGGAGCUUUGUUGAUAAACAAGCAGUUUGCUUUUUUUUUUUUUAAACUUGUCUGAGUUCUUUGGAAGGCUAAUUUUAGUUCACUGUUUCUAAACGAGGUCGUCUGUCUGCGCUUACGUCCCCCAAAUGACUUCUCUCUUGGUAUUUGCUGAAUGUGCAGCAUUGUCCGUGUGCAGUUCCAUGUGUUCUGCAUGGAUAAAAGUAUCAACCAAGUGAAUGACUCCGUGUUUCCCCUCAGACACCUCUUACUUGAAAGUGCUAGAUUAAAUUCGAUCCAAAUUUUUGAAAGUAUCUAAUGCAAUUAUGGACCUGAUGUUUAAUGGUUGAGUAAUGUUUUUUUUUUUUGGGCUUAUGUGAUUCAAUCUACACCAGUAUGACUGCUGUGUGUGUGUGUGUGUGUGUGUGUGUGUGUGUGUGUGUGUGUGUGUGUGUGUGUGUGUGUGUGUACACAAAGGCAAAUACAUUAUCUGUUUAACCAUUUCCUCUUACUUCCAACUACUUCAUGGAUUUAAGGAGCAUAAGUGUCUACAACUGACAGAUGAAUUACACAAAAAUGUGACUGGGUUGUUUGUUAUAGAGGGCAAUCAUUAAGAUGCAUGGUGUAACUGGGUGCUAAGGGAUUCUCAUACAAGAAAUUUUAUUUGGGUUUGCUUCCUCCCCUUCCAUAACCGGAUGUUGCACACUUGGCCAGACCUCUUAAUUAAAAUCACAGUGAAGAACUUAUUCUCUGUCACUGAAGCAAGGUGCAGCUUGUGCAAUAGGACCUCUCAGGAGAGUAGUCCACUGUUGUUCCAGCACUUAACUUUCUGCUGUGGACUUAAUAUUAACAGUAAGCAGUGUUCAUGGAGCUUUUUUGUACGAUUUGCCAUUUCUUUGGGUUUCCUGUAAUAUUCUGGGGCUUGCGUAGUCUUCAGAAAAAUUGUCACCGUGUAAGUAAUUGGUGAACUGGCAUCGUUUCCAGGUGAUUCUUAAAAUCCAAGUGUCAGUUUGCAUCUCUAUGGCUGUCAUAACCUUGACUGAGUGGGUGAGUGAUGUGUUUGCGCUGAAAUCUGUGAACUCAUUAAUUUCAGUGUUUCCAAUGAAAACAAGUACAUUGCUAGCAGUAUAA